GAGCGCGCACGGUGACGGGAGCGCGCAGAGGCGGCGGGAGCGAUGGUGUUUGAGUCGCUGGUGGCCGAGCUGCUCAACCGCUUCCUGGGGGAUUAUGUGGAGAAUCUGGACAAGUCGCAGCUCAAGCUCAGCAUCUGGGGAGGAAACGUGGUGCUUGAAAAUCUGAGAAUCAAAGAAAAUGCACUGAGUGAUUUUGAUGUACCUUUCAAAAUCAAGGCAGGACAAAUAGACAAGCUUAUUUUGAAGAUUCCAUGGAAGAACCUGUACAGUGAAGCUGUGGUGGCCACGUUGGAUGGUUUGCACCUUCUGGCUGUUCCAGAGGGAAGUAUCCAAUAUGAUGCAGAAAAGGAAGAAAAACAAUUGCAGGAAAAUAAGCAGAAAGAGCUUCAGCGAAUUGAAGAAGCCUUGGAAAAAGCAGCACGAAAAGGUGCGGCUUCUGGAGAGUUCUUGUUUUCCCUGGAAAACUACGUUUGUAAGGAUACCAAACCUGGACGCAAACAUAAAAAGUCCAAAAAGUAUUUUAAGAAAUCAGCAAAAGGACGUUCCAAAGGCAAAGAAAAGGAAGAGAAAAAAGAUACCUUUGGAGAAAAACUUGCAACACAGGUUAUUAAAAACCUGCAAAUCAAAAUAACGAGCAUUCAUAUAAGAUAUGAAGAUGCUAUUACAGAUGCCUCGAGCCCUAUUUCUGUUGGUGUUACAUUGGCAGAACUUAGUUUACAGACAGCAGAUGAAUGCUGGACCCCAUGCAUACUGAGUGACAAUGCAAAAAUCAUCUAUAAGCUUGUCCGCUUAGAUUGCCUUUCUGCCUACUGGAAUGUGAACAGUCUGUUAUGUUGCCAAGACUCAAGAGAACAAAUCUUGGUGCAGCUGAAAGGGGGGAUAGCUUCAGGUGCUCAUGAACCCAAAAAUCAUCAAUAUAUUUUCAGACCAAUAUCAGCAUCGGCCAAACUUUGCAUCAAUCCUUCUGCUGAAGCUGUAUCGAACUCGCCGAAAAUAAACCUGGACAUGGAAGUGCAGAGCAUAGACAUAGAGAUGACUAAGCCACAGUAUCUGAGUAUUAUUGAUCUAUUGGAAUCCGUGAACUACAUGGUCAGAAAUGCCCCGUAUAGAAAAUACAAACCAAUCGUACCGCUUCACACUAAUGCUGGUACAUGGUGGAAGUAUGUGGUCACAGGAAUUUUGGAAGUUCAUCUUCGGAGAAAAUACCGUAUGUGGUCCUGGGACCACAUCAAACGUCACAGGCAGAAUCUGAAGGCUUACAAAGUGGCUUAUAAGAAUAAGUUGACACAAACUAAACCUUCUGAGGAAUUAUUAAAACAACUUCAGGUCCUGGAGAAGUCUCUAGACAUUUUCAACAUAACAUUAGCAAGACAACAGGCACAUGUUGAGGUGAUCAGAUCAGGACACAAGAUGCUGGGCAAGAAGGGAAAAGAGAAGCAGAGUGGAGGCUGGUUCAGUAGCCUCUGGGGAAAAAAAGAAUCCAAGAAGGAUGAAGAUGAAGAUAAAUCUGUACCAGAAAGUAUUAAUGAUCUCUUGACGACUGAAGAAAAGACCAAGCUGUACACUGCCAUUGGAUACAGUGAGAGUUCCCACAACUUGAUCUUACCCAAAGAGUACGUUGCACAUGUAAUGAGUUUCAAGUUGGUCACUACCUCCAUCACCAUCCGAGAGGAACCAAAUGUGCCAGAAAUAGUCAACGUGCAAAUCAUUGAUCUAAGUACGAGUGUAUUCCAACGUCCUGGAGCCCAGGGUCUCAAAGUGGAGGCCAGACUGCAUCACUGGUAUGUCACUGGCCUGAAACAACAGGGUAUAGUUCCAUCUCUCUUGGCUUCUCUUGGUGGCACAGAGUCCUCUUUGCUCAAUGUCUGCUUUGAGAUGAACCCAGAAGGAAGCAAUGCAGAUCAGCUGUUAAAUGUUCAGUCUCAACCUGUGGAGCUUAUUUAUGAUGCCCGAACAAUAAACAGUUUGGUGGAGUUUUUUCAGACGAACAGAGGACUCGAUCUUGAACAACUAACUUCAGCUACUUUGCUAAAAUUGGAAGAAUUCAAAGAAAAGACUGCAACAGGCCUGUCAUACAUUAUUGAAACUCGCAAAACUUUUGAUAUCCAAAUCAAUUUUAAACCGUCCUAUCUUGUGGUUCCCCAGACGGGUUUCUACAAUCCAACGUCAAACUUAUUGAUUUUGGACUUUGGAAGUUUACAGUUAAACAGUAUUGACCACAAUGAUCUGAAAGCUACAUCUCCAAACUUAUCCUUGGAGGAAAUCCUGCAACGAGCCUAUGAAGAGUUUGUCGUGGAGCUCAGAAGUGUUCAACUUUUGUUCAGUGAACCAGGUCAAGAUUGGAAGUCUGCCCGCAAGCAGUACUCCUCCUCUCAGCACAUACUGCAACCCCUGGAUGUCAAGAUGCAGCUUUCCAGAGCCAUCGUGGAGAAAGACAGCAGAAUACCCAAGUUUAAAGUAUCGGGGGAACUCCCUUUGCUCCACAUCAAAAUGUCUGAUCAAAAACUGCGAAGUGUUUGUCAACUUGCUGAUAGUAUUCCCCUUCCUCCAACGUUGUCAUCCACCAGCUCGCCUGUCAGGCCGAAGAUGGUACGUGUAAGACCAGUAGAGGUGUUUGACCCACGUCUCGUAGUAAUUGGUUCAUCAGCAUCAUUGGAAGAAUCAAGUUCACUUGGAUCUGAAGAGGAAUUCAGUGAUGCAAGGGAAGGGGCUGUCGUGCCAAGUCCAGCUGCAGUGGCUGAUGAAGCCCAGCAAGAAGACAACGAAACUUCAAGCGAGGAGCUCACAGAUCUCCAGCUGAAGUUUGAAGUUAAGGAGGUUGUCAUUGAACUUUCACGGCAAGACAACCAGGAGAAGCCCCUGCUUGUUUUCAGCGUGUCGCAGCUGGGUACAGAAGUGAACAUGAGAACAUUUGACUUAACGUCCACAUCAUAUCUGAAAAAAAUCAAUUGUGAUUACUGUGAAGUUCCUGAUCAGAAGCUUCAUUUGAUCAGUUGCGUAGAUCCCAUUGGUUCGGAUCUUCUGAAAGUGGAAUACAUUAAGAUUGAUAAAAAUAGCCCACAUUUUAAAAAGAAUAAGGACACCACUGAACAGACGCUCACGGUUGCAGUUUCUUCACUGAAUUUCCUGUUGCAUGCAAAAGCUUUGCUUUCCACCAUCAAUUUCCUGACAACAGCUAUUCCAUCUGGAAGCACAGCCUCUACUGAGAAGGACCAUGAAACAAAGUUACAGGAUCAGGGGCUGGAAAAAGGAGAUGCUGCAAAAAAAGUUUUGAAAAGCUCAAAGGAAGUUGAUUUCAAGCUGUUAGCCAUGAUGGAUGCAUUUAAUAUUGCUGUGUGUGAUGAGAGGCGCAAUAUUGCAGACAUCAGAGUACAAGGUUUGGAUGCAUCCAUUUCAGUGCGCUCAAAGGAGACACAAGUCUUUGCCAGACUUCGAGAUAUUAUUGUCACAGAUGUCGACUCAAAGACUCGACAUAAAAAGGCUGUUUCCAUUGUUGGAAAUGAAGUGUUCAGCUUCAAUGUAACCCUCUAUCCAAAUGCGAUUGAUGAUGGGAACUAUGCAGAUAUGUCAAAAGUGGAUGGAAAAAUCACUUUACGAGUUGGUUGCAUUCAGAUUAUCUAUCUACAAAAGUUCCUCAUGUCAUUACUGAACUUCUUUGACAACUUCCAAACAGCGAAGGAAGCACUAAGUGCAGCCACAGCGCAGGCAGCUGAGAAAGCAGCCUCCAGCGUGAAGGAUUUUGCCCAGAAGAGUGUUCGAUUGGCAAUGGACAUCAAUCUGAAAGCCCCAGUCAUCAUCAUCCCUGAAUCCUCCAUCUCCAUGAAUGCCUUGGUGGCAGAUUUGGGAUUGAUUACUGUUCGGAAUAGAUUCACGCUGAUCCCAGGCGAACAGUUCUCUGUACCGCCUGUCCUGGACGUCAUGGAUGUAAAUUUGACGCAGCUGAAACUCUCAAGGACCGUGCUGCAGACCAGUCCAGCUCAGGCCGACAUUGAGAUUCUGCAGCCCAUCAACCUGCAGCUCAUUGUACAAAGGAAUUUGGCAGCAGACUGGUAUCACAACAUCCCAAGUGUGGAAAUCAAGGGCGAUUUGAAGACCAUUAAUGUUGUUCUCAGUGAGGAAGAUCUAACUGUUGUGAUGAAGGUCGUUGAGCAAAACCUCGGAGAAGGCAGCAAAAAUACAAGUUCAGCAAAAGCAUUGAAGGAUGAAGGAAAACAAAAAGACAAAGAUGCCAAUGAGACAACCAAAUUGGAAAAGAUUGUGGGAAGUGGGAGCUCCGCAGCGGAUCAACUCAAGGAAAUAAUAAAAGGAGGUGCAGCAGACGUUAUCAAUGUCCAACUGAACUUUGAAAUCAAAGAGGUCACAGUAGAAUUAAGAAAAAUAAUGAACAAGGCAAAGAAUCCAUUUCUCGUGUUUCAUGUGGUUCAGUUGGGAACAGAAACCAAAAUGAGAAACCAUGAUUUGAGUGCAACAGCUUACUUGAAGAAAAUUGGUUUGAACUGCUGUGAAUUUUUAGAUUCAAAUAAUAAACCACUCAAGUUGAUCAGUUCGUCAGACAAACCUGGAGCAGACCUUCUCAAAGUGCAGUACAUCAAGGCGGAUAGAAGUGGACCACAUUUCAAAAGUACUUUUGAUAGUACUGAGCAAAAGAUGACAAUUGCUUUCUCUUCUCUUGACCUGAUUCUGCAUUCACAAGCCUUGCUUUCAACCUUGAACUUCAUGGCCGCUGUGUUCCCAUCAAAAAGUGUUGAAAAAGAUCCUGAAGCCAAGAUCAGUGCCGGAGGUCAUGCAAAGGAGACUUCGACAAAAGCAGUGCCGACAGAUGCAUCAUUUGAUACCUUUGACUUGAAACUUUCUGCUGAGCUGGGGGCAUUGAACAUAUUUGUCUGUGAUGACAAGACCAGCAUUGCUGAUGUCAAAAUACAAGGUAUGGAUGCAUCCAUCACCAUGCAGUCUCAACGGAUGGAAGUUUUUGCCCGACUGAAAGACGUUGUCGUGACGGAUGUUGGCCCAAAGACUCUGCAUAAAAAGAUUGUGUCCAUCAUUGGUGAUGAAGUCUUCAGCUUCAAGAUGGCUUUGUGCAGUAAUGCUACAGAAGGAGAGGCUUAUCUGGAUAUGUUAAAUGUGGACGGUGAAAUCGCUUUACAAUUGGGCUGCAUCCAGAUGGUGUACCUGCACAAGUUCUUUAUGUCAUUAAUGAACUUCUUUGACGCCUUCCAAGCAGCAGAGGUUGCCUUCAGUGCGGCUACGGCACAAGCUGCUGAGAAAGCAGCCUGCAGCGUGAAGGACUUUGCUCAGAAGAGCUUCCGACUGGCAAUGGACAUUAACCUGAAAGCCCCAGUUAUCAUCAUCCCCGAGUCCUCCAUGUCUCUCAACGCUGUGGUGGCAGAUCUGGGUUUGAUUACCAUACGGAAUAAAUUCACCAUGAUUUCUGUUGAAGAUUGCACACUGCCACCGGUGGUGGACGUCAUGGAGAUCCAGCUCACGCACCUCAAGCUCUCAAGAACUAUUUUGCAGAACGACUUGGUGCAGCCUGAUUUUCAGAUCCUGCAGCCAGUGAACUUGCUCUUGACAAUAAAACGAAACUUAGCUGUCGCGUGGUAUCACCAAAUCCCCGGCAUAGAAAUUCAUGGAGAUCUAAAAGCUAUGAGUAUGACAGUGAGUCAGGAUGAUUUGGCUCUCUUGCUGAGAAUCCCACUGGAAAACCUUGGUGAAGCCACUAAUGAUCAGAGUGCUGCAAAAGAAGGCUUGAACAAAAUACCAGAGGGAAAAAUAGUCUCUCCAGCCAACCUGUGUGAAGAGCCCCCACACGGGACCAGGGGUGAGGUGUGCCGUGCAGAAUCAGCAGCUAAACCUCAGCCCUUUGAAACCUUGAAGUUUGAUUUCAAGUUUGAAUCCCUGUCCAUCAUGCUGUACACUGAAGAUCUCAAACAGGCCACUGGAUCGGUGCAACGCCAGGGAAGUUCACCCCUGGGCGAGUUCAGGUUGCAUCUCACCACGGCCUCAGGGAAGAUGAUCUCCGACGGCUCGUUGAUGUUUGAUAUGAAGCUUACUACAUGUACACUGGAUGAUCUAAGACGAGGGGUUGAGAAGGUUACCCAGAGAAUGAUUGAGAAAAAGCAAGGCUCUGGGGAAACUGUGAUGAUUGAGUUGCAAUACAGUCAGCUGGAGGACGAGACCUCGAUCGUGGCUCUACUGGAGCAUUUAUACAUAUGUGCCAGCGUGGAGUUCCUCGUGGACGUUGCAGAUUUCUUCAUCAAAGCUAUUCCUGAAAAGACAAAUGAUAAAUCCGUCCAGUUGCAUCCAAAGCAGACGGGAAAGUCUCAUCCCAGCACUGCUGUGGACUCUCCAAAUCGAAGGAUGAACAUUAAAGCAAUGAUGAUGAACCCUGAGGUUGUGUUUGUGGCAAACCUGUCGAAAGCUGACGCCCCUGCGCUUGUUGUUUCUCUCCUGUGUGACUUCUCGUUAAUCCAUGAAAAACAAUGUCGAAGAAUGAUUGCAUUGGUCAGCGACCUAAAGAUUCUGGCCUGUCCAUUCCUCCAGGCGAAGAGAGGGACAAAUAUAACAACGGUGUUGCAGCCUUGUUCCUUGUUCUUGGACUUCGUUGAGCCCACUUCAGGGCCACAAGAUAUCAGUCUUAAAGUAGAACCGAUAAACUUAAAGGUAUCUCCUAUCAUUCUAAACACUGUUAUGACAAUCAUGUCUGUGAUGAGGCCUAAAGUGCAAGAGAAUGAAGGUGUGCUGCCAGUGUGCAAGGACACGGACCUCUGGGCUGUGAAAGACGUCCACAACUGCAACUACUGGUUCCUGGGAGUUGACGACGCCGAUGAAGCCACAGAGAAUUACUUUGGUGAAAAUCAUCAAAGGAUCGGCGAGUCGUUCAAGAUUAUUGUUCCACUAAUAAAAGUAACACUCGAAUGUGGCCUCGGCCACAGCACCAUCCCUUUGCUUUUGACCGAGUCAACGUUUUCAGGACGAGUCGAAAACUGGACAUCACUCAUCAGUAUUGAUUCAAACAUGACCCUUGAGGUCCUUUAUUAUAAUGAACUGAAUGCGGUGUGGGAGCCACUCCUGGAGCAAGUGGUCCCAGGAGAGCAAAGAUGGAGUCUGAAUCUGCAGAUGAAGACCAACACGAGAGCAGACAAAGCUCUCAUUCCGGGUGACGACUUCCUUCCCAUCCCUGAUCCACAGACUACCAUUACCAUUUCUUCAAAGGACGUGCUGAAUAUCACAGUGUCCAAAUGCAGCAUGAACGUUAUGAACAUCUUGGCCAAGGCAUUUUCGGCAGGAACAGAUUCAACGUCUAACUAUCUAGUGAAGGAUCAGGUUCCAUACACCUUCAAAAAUGCCCUGGGCAUUGCUCUUGAUUUGCAUCACUCCUCAAAUCUACAUGUUGUUGGUUCCACCACCGAUCAGAAACUGCAUCGUCUGGAUGUCGGGCACGUACUGGAACUGGACUAUGCAUUGGUGCAACCCAAAGCUGAAGGGAAGCUUUCUGUGUUACAGAAGCAGGAGAGCAACCUGUAUACUGUGACAGUGGUGCCAUGUAAUUACACAGAAGUGGCAGACAUCCCGAUGGCGAUGCCGGGGCGGCGUCUGUACAAUGUACAUUGUCCCAACAGUGAGCAUUCAGUAUCACUUGUGGUCCAGAUAGAUGCCGUGGAAGGUGAUAAAAGAAUUGUCAUCCGAUCCCCUCUCCAGAUAAAGAACCACUUCUCCAUCUCCUUUAUAGUCUAUAAAUUAGUUCCGUCUAGGCAGUCACUGGAGCAGAUUGGUGUGGCCAGUCCGGAAGAGGAGUUCCAUGUGCCUUUAGACUCGUACAGAGACCACUUGUUUUUAAAGCCAGCAGGAGAGCUGGAGAAUAACUACAAAGCAUCAACAACGUACAUCACAUGGAAGGAAGAAAUUCACAGGAGCACAGAGAUUCAGUGUAUCCUACAAUGUUCUUCCACUGACACGGGCUAUUUACCGCUCAUAAUAAACACCAUUGCCAUUCCAGAUGAGCUGAACUUCAUCAGUAACCUUGGUGAAGAUGAGUGGGACCCAGCCUAUAUCAUUCAUCUCCGCCCCACAGUUCUCAUUCGCAACCUUCUACCAUAUCGUCUCACCUACAUGUUGGAGGGGACAGCGGAAUCCUACCAACUAGCCGAGGGUUGUUCAGCGGAUGUACUACGCUGCAGAAUCCAAGGAGAAAUCAUGGAACUGGGCCUCGUUAAAUAUCAGGGCAGAAACUGGACCAGCCGGGUUAAAAUUGAAGCUGCACUGCCCGAGUUUUUCCCCGUCUGCUUCACUGCCGAAGUUGGCAUGAGCAUCGACUUGCUUAUCCACGUCGGGAAAGUUCGUGGCCUGCUAGUUCUGUCUGUUUACAGCCCAUACUGGAUCAUUAACAAGACCUCAAGAGUUCUGCAAUAUCGGGCAGAAGACGUACACGUGAAGCACCCUGCAGACUUCAGCGACGUCAUCCUGUUUUCCUUCAAGCGAAAAAAUAUUUUCAGCAAAAAUAAGAUUCAGCUCUGCGUAUCCACCAGUAGCUGGUCUAAUGGUUUUUCAUUAGACACUGUGGGAAGUUAUGGAUGUGUGAAGUGUCCUGCAAAGAAUAAGGAAUAUCUGGUUGGAGUAGCCAUUAAAGUGAGCAGUUUCAACAUGACAAAAGUUGUCACCUUGACUCCAUUCUACACUUUGGUCAAUAAAUCUUCCUACGAGCUGGAGGUUGGAGAAGAGCAAUCUAGUAACUUGUCAAAAAGUGGGAAAUGGAUUUAUAUUUCAUCAGCUGAGUGUCUUCCUUUCUGGCCUGAAGCCAUUUCAAACAAGCUUCAUGUCAGAGUAGUUGGCUCUGAACUGUCAUCAAAAUCGAUCUUCUACAACAAGCAAGACAAUGGCACAUUGCUGAAGCUUGGCUAUGUGUGCGGUGGAGUUAUAGUGGAUGUGAAUGUUGCAGACCAUGCCGCAGUGAUCACCUUCACAGACUACUACGAUGGAUCGGCCCCCGCCCUCGUCAUUAAUCAUACGGCAGCGCUGAAGUUUCGCUUCAAGCAAAGUGAAGCACAGGAAGAGACAAUACUUGAUCCAGGAGAAGCCCGGCUGUUUGCAUGGAGCGACCCUGCUGGCAUCAGGAAGCUUGACUGGGGCUGUGCAUGGAAAACCGGAGAACUUGACCUGUUCAAGGAUCAGUUUGGGCAAUUUCUCUGGAAUCAGAACAAUCAGAUUCACUGGGUUUCCUUCCUUGAUGGGCGACAACGCGUGCUGCUCUUCACUGAAGACCUGGCCAUUGUUUCCAAAGCGCGGCAGGCCGAGGACUUGAAACAGUUUGAAAAGGGAGUUACUGUUUCCCUUCACAGCCUUGGCUUAUCGCUUGUUAACAACGAAAGCAAGCAGGAAAUUGCUUACAUAGGAAUCACCAGCUCUGGUGUUGUCUGGGAAAUGAAACGCAAGCAACGCUGGAAGCCCUUUAGUCAAAAGCACAUCAACCUUUUGGAGCAGGCCUACCAGAAACACCUGACUACAAAGACCGUCGAUCACUGGAUAAAGUUGGACUGCAACUUGGAGGCUGAUUUUCACAGGAUGGAGACACGGCUGCCGCAGCCAAUGAGCAUCCGACGUAACUUUUUAUCUGGAAUUCACAUUGAAUACAAACAGUCUGCUCACCACAGGAGCCUGCGUGCCCAAUUAUACUGGUUACAGAUUGAUAAUCAGCUGGCCGGAGCGAUAUUUCCAACAGCAUUCUAUCCUGUGCUCCCUCCUAAGUCUAUCGCAUUGGAUUCAGAACCAAAACCAUUUGUUGACAUAAGUAUCAUCACAAGAUUUAAUGAACACAGUCAAGUGACACAGUUCAAAUACUUCAUGGUCUUGAUUCAGGAAAUGGCGGUGAAGAUUGACCAGGGAUUUCUCAACGCACUGAUUACACUGUUUACUCCAGCUUCAGACCUGGUGGGAACCCAGAAGACUAGUUUGAUAGACCAAGAUAUGGAAUCGAUAAAGGCGGAAUUGAUAGAAACAUCUAUAACUGAUGCCUCGAGCCUGAGUUUCUUUGAGUAUUUCCACAUCUCACCAAUCAAGUUGCAUCUAAGCUUGUCUUUGGACUCGGGAGGCGAGGAGUCACGAGGUACAAAGCAGGAAGCAAUGCGACUCCAGACGAUCCAUGUUUUGCUCACGAGCAUUGGAGCAACAUUAACAGACGUUGAUGACCUGAUCUUUAAGCUUGCCUUCUUCGAAACUAAAUGUCAAUUCUACAGGAGAGACCAGUUGAUGUUGGCAGCUGGGAGACAUUAUGGAGAACAAUUUCUCAAGCAAAUGUACGUGCUUGUUUUGGGGCUGGAUGUUCUUGGAAACCCGUUUGGCCUCAUCAGAGGUCUUUCUGAAGGAGUUGAAGCAUUCUUUUAUGAACCUUUCCAGGGAGCGGUUCAGGGACCAGAGGAAUUUGCUGAGGGUUUUGUGAUCGGAGUGAGGAGCUUGCUGGGGCACACAGUCGGUGGUGCAGCUGGUGUGGUGUCGAGAAUCACCGGCUCAGUUGGCAAAGGUUUGGCUGCUAUCACAAUGGAUAAAGAGUAUCAGCAGAAGCGGAGGGAAGAAAUGAACCGCCAACCCAAGGACUUUGGAGACAGUUUGGCCAAAGGGGGAAAAGGCCUGAUACGGGGUGUAUUGGGAGGAUUUACAGGAAUCAUCACCAAGCCAUUCGAAGGUGCGAAGAAGGAAGGUGCAGCUGGUUUCUUUAAAGGCGUGGGAAAAGGUCUGGUGGGAGUGGUGGCGAGGCCUACCGGCGGCAUCAUUGACAUGGCAAGCAGCACAUUCCAGGGAAUCAAAAAGGUGGCAGAAUCGACUGAAGAUGUAAGUAAACUGAGGCCACCGCGAUGCAUUCGUGACGAUGGGAUUAUCAGACCGUACAAUCGAAGAGAGUCGGAGGGAUGUCACCUGUUUGAGAGGUUGGACAUUCAAAAAUAUGAAGGGGAACGCUAUCGUUUUCAUUGUCCAUUGUAUGGGAAGAAAAAAACGAAUCUGCUCAUCACAAACAGGAGAGUGAUCUACAUAUGUGAUGAGAUCCUGUGCAAUCCGUGUAGUGAUUGGAAUUACUCGUAUGAUGAAUUUAUCCGGCCUCCAACGUUGGACGGGAGUGUGCUGAGCUUGUAUGUCAAGGAUCAGUCAUUGAUCGGUUUUACAAGCCCAAGAAGUGAGACUGAAGGUUUAGUGAAAAAAAUGACCCUCCAGAAUGAUGUUGUGGCAAAGAGGAUGCUGGAUGCCUUGGAGGAAGCUCGGACCACAAGCCGGCAGCAGAGGCUGGUGAAGAUGAAAUCCCUGCGGUUCUCCAAACCCUGACCCCUUCCACACUGCCUCCGCCUCGCACCUAAACAACACCCUGUACUUCUAUAAGAUAUUCUCAUUUGCACUGCAAUUAUAUUUUCUUACUCGAAUGAAAUGCAAUGUGUCUAAAGUAUGAGUGCUGCCUAUUCCAUACCCAGAAAUACGGGUUAGUAUCAAAAUCAAUGUGUAUUAUGUAUCUCAAAUUGUUCAGCUGAGGUAAUAAUGUUAUGCUAAUUUUGCACUAACAAAAUUAUUCUGUAUACCUGUUGGAAAAGAAAUUGAAUAAUAUGUUGCAAACAAAAUAAACCUGGUUUCCUGGA